AUAAUAAGACAAAAUAAAAAUGUUAUGAUUUUUAGUGUUGUGAUGUAUUUAUCUCUACAGAUUAUUUAUUGGUAGUAAAUUUAAAAUGGAAUCUAGAGAAACUUCUGAGUUACAACAACUAGUCUCCAGUGAUGCAGAAAAUGAAGAUAGUAUUACUCAAGAUGAACAUGAAAGCAAAAUAGUUUCCCCAGUUAAAAGCAGUAAAGUGAUAUCUUCUUCGGGUAAUACAAGCAGAAGUUCUGUGGUACAUAGUGCUAGAAGAGGGGGGAGUGGAAAUGCAGCUGCAGGUUCAAAAAUUACAUUUGUUAAUGAAAGAAAAGUUAAAGAGGGUGCCAAGCCAACUACAGUUAGAGCUAGAAAUCCACAUAAAGAAAACCCCCAUAAUUCAGAUACUCGUCAUCAUUCUUUUGUCUCCCAAGUUCCCGAUGUGCGACAUAUGGAGAGAGCCUUGUUGGGACUUUUGGCAGACUUCCAUUCUGGAAAGCUGCGAGCCUUCGGCAGUGGUUGUACCAUGGAGCAAAUGACCAAUAUUAGAGAGCAACAAGAAAAACUUGCCAAGCUGCAUUUUGACCUAGCUUCCGCCACUGUGCCUAGUUUGAAUGAAGAGGAUAUUCAGAAAUCGCAGAAUACCAUGAGCCAGCUUAUACAGAGGUUAGAACAGUUAAGUGAUUCGAUUGAAGGGUUGCAUAAUACAUCCAAGAAGUAG